UGGAGCGCCAUUUUGAAAAUAACAUUCACGUGCAGCAAAUCUCUGUAGUCAGUUCUUCCUUUAAGAACAAAAAGAAAGAAAACAACAUGGAGGCGCCGGUCAACUGGUCUCAAGAAGAAACUGAGCUGCUUAUAGCAGUGUGGUCGGAAGAAAAAAUACAGCACGACCUUGGGGAAUCCUUGAGGAAUGAGAAAGUAUACAGAGAAUUGUCAGGUAGACUGGCCAAAGUGGGGGUGAGUCGUUCUGCCAAACAGUGCAGGGAGAAGAUAAAGAAACUUAAACUAGAAUACAGGAAAAUAAAGAAAAACAGUGACGGAAGUGGGGAUAAAGGAAAGACCUUCAGGUGGUACGAUGCCAUGGACACUAUCAUGAGUGAAAGUCCAGUUACAACAGAGGACACAGAACAGUCAGCCACCAUGAUACCUGAAUGCCCCAUUUCAGACAUGGAAACAGAUUCAUCCAUUAUGACAGAUAUUCCUGGAAGCUGCGACAGCAACCUCAUCCCCUGCUCUACACCAGGCCCAACACCUUACCCCACAGAGAAACCAGAAUACCCAAGUUUCUACUCCAUUCAACUCGAAGAUGUUAACGGUCCGUCUACAAGCACCACAUUGACCUCCACUGCAGUGCAAGCGUCAGCAAAAGAAACACCAUUAUGCUGUUGGUCAAAUAGAGAGGUCCAAACAUUGUUGACACUUUGGGCGAAUCCCGCUGUUCAAGAAGAGCUUCUCCUCAACGUGAGGAAUAAUAAAGUUUAUGCUCACCUCAGUGCUCAACUAGCAUCUCUUGGAUUCAACAAAGCGCCGAAAAAGUGCAGGGAGAAAAUCAAAAAACUGAAGCAGGACUACAAGAGAAUCAAACACGGUCAGCACAGGGCUGGAAGCAAAAGCAGUGUAUGGUUUGCCAUUAUGGAUGAUGUCCUCAGCUCCAAGGCUGCAACAGUAAGACGUUCCGAAAUAACAGAGCCCUUACUGCCCCGUCGGUCACAGUCUGUCCUGGAUGUUGACACUGAUGAUAAAACCCAGUGGUUGCCCGAUGAAGUCCAAGUGCUGAUGACCCUCUGGGCACAACCAAACAUUCAGAGGCAGCUUCUCACCACAGCAACAAACAAUCAAGUCUUUAAGUACCUCAGCAGUGAACUUAAGUCGGUGGGGUUUAACAAGUCACCACAUCAGUGCUUUCUUAAAGUGAACAACCUUAAAGAGGAGUACAGGAAAAUCAAGGAAGAGGAACAGUACAGGGACGUUCAAAGUGACUGGUUUGCUAUUUUGGAUGGAGUCCUUGGCUCUGGUGGAGAGACUUCUAUAGAGGUGGAUUCAUCUGCUGUGCUGACACAACCUAAAUCACCAGAGGAUGAGCAUGCGAAAGAUAUGACACGGGUUGUUUGGACACCAGAUGAAGUCAAAGCGCUGCUCACCCGAUGGGCAGAGGAGAGCGUCCAGGAGCAGCUUAGGUCAACUAGAAAUGAAAGAGGGUUUGCUCAGCUGAGCUCCGCGCUCGCCACUCAGGGCUUUGAUAAGACCACCAGCCAAUGCAGGUCAAAGAUAAAACUGCUGAAACGAAAGUACAGAAAAGUGAAGGAACAGACGGACUCUAAGAAACAAAAGAGCCGAUGGUUCACCAUUAUGGAUAAAGUCCUUGGUCAUCAUAAGCCAGAGGCUGAGACUGAACAAGCAGCUGAAGUCAUUGAUUCAGCCUGUACUCUGCAGACAUCACAGCUAGACCCUUCUGAAACUGUAGAAGACUUAGGUCGCCGCUUGUCCGUCUCCUCAUUGUGUCUCCUGGUUCCAACGCUGCGUCUGAUGUGUGCUUUUGCCUGGCAAGUAGUCCAAGGUUGUAAUGUGCUACACUAUGGAAAGGUGGAGGAGCUGGUGAGGUUGGUGACCGAGCUUCUCCCAGAGCUGCUGACGCCCAGAGAUAAAGUGCAACUCCUGCUCAGACUAAGGGCAAGGAUGGUGUUGGAAUUGUGUCGCAGCGAGAGCACAGCCAACCUGCUGAAUAUACAGCCUCAGCUGGGGGUCAUUCAAAACCUUACAAUAGGCUCCAGCUGUGACCAGGAGGAAUUGGAGGAGUUGGAAAAUUCAAAGUCAAACUUUGUGGAAGUUGUUCAUCUCCUGCUCGAGGACACAGAGGAGAGAAGGAUGUUUUUCAAGGAGGUCUUUCCCAUCCACUAUGGCCAGCAGUAUGAAAACACUAUGCACACAUUAGUAUGGAAAUUCAUCUCUAAACUGGAUAAUCUUUUGCCUAUACCAGAUAUUAAACAGACUGCAGCGUGGCUCAGAACCGCCCCUUCUGUCAUGGAAGAAUGUGGACAAUUGGUUUUGGAACCAGAUCAGCUGAAGGCGCUACUGCACUUUCACCAGCAACAGUCAGAAAGCACAAACAAAUGUUACUCUCAAACUCGGAGUAUGUUUUUGCCAAGGCUGUCUCUUCCUCCCAAACCAAACUCGAAGCAACUUGCUACAGAGCAUCAGGAACUGUCCACAGGCGGCGAAGAUGAAGGGCAGUUUGAUUACAGUGAGGAUGAGGAGUCCGUUGAGGAAAACCAAAUUGAUAUUAAUCUGGAGGACUGUAGCAAAGACGAUGACCUGAAGUUAAAAGAUGAACAAAGCAAUGACCUGACCGCUGCAAGCUGCUCAAAUUUAAACAGUCCUAUGCUUGUAGGACCGCAGACCUGCUCUUUGUGUCCCUACUCAGACAGCCAAGUGUCAGGUCUUCUGCAGCACAUCACAGAGGCACACCUGAUCCAGGAACCCAGCCGAUCUCAGUCUAAAGAACCUGAGACAGACCAUGUCCUUCAGAAGGUUAAUACUGAAACAUGCACUACUGAGAUGAGGAGCACGACAAACACUUGUGAUGUUUGUACAAAGGUCUUCAAGAAUGUGUCGACCCUGAACAGACACACAAAAGCACACUCAGUGAGAUUUCACUGUGACAAGUGUGAGAAGACGUACUCGUCUAAGGACGCCCUGAAUGUGCAUCGCCGGAUUCACACAGGCGAGACGCCGUAUCUGUGUUCUCGCUGUGGCCGGGGUUUCAGGUCUUUGAAUAGCCUUGAUUUGCACGUUCGCAUUCACACGGGAGACCGACGCUAUAAAUGUGACAUUUGUGGAAAGACUUCAAUCCAGCACCUGGCGAGACACAUGCGGAUGCACAGAGGGGAGAAGAACUACCUGUGCACAGAAUGUGGGAAGGCUUUUCUCUCCUCUGGGGAGCUGAGGCUGCACAUGAGGUAUCACACAGGAGAGCGUCCAUACACGUGCAAACACUGCGGGAGAGGUUUUAUAGCAAAGUGUCAGUUGGUGGUUCACAUGCGCCAACAUACAGGAGAGAGUCCUUACAGGUGUUCAGUGUGUCCCAAAUCCUUUCGCACUUUGAGAGCACAGAAAAGGCACAUGAAGAUCCACUCGAACAAAAAGUCUUUCCAGUGUUUGAAGUGCGGUAAAAUAUUCAGGCAAGAAGAGACUUUUAUAAUGCACGGUCAGACACACAAGUAAAGGUGGGGUAAGCAAUUCUGGAGAAAUCCAAUUCCAUGACAAAUAACUGCUAGCAAGCUGCUACAGUAGCUGCUGCUAAAAUGCAGAGAGGAUGAGUCAGCACAACAGCUCAAGACGGUGAUACUCACAACUCUCCUGCUGCUAUAGCUAACAUCACAACAGCAGCAUGUCUUGGCAAACUAGAAAGUAAGCUGAAUGUCUGUGGGCAAGUCAUUUAACGUUGCCUGACACACAAACCAUGGCUGGGAUUUACUUGAAUAAUGUGUGUUUACUAUGAUGCAGGCCACUGUGGGUUUUUUUUCCCCAUUUACAGAGACAUGGCUGUGUACAAACACAGGAUAUGUUUUCAUCGCGCACAGAAUGGACAGCUAGCAGACUGUGAGGACAUAUACACUGAAUCUGAAAAAGGAGCCUACAUUCACACUGCAGGCCCCAAAUUUUUUUCCCCCACAUCUGAUUUUUUUGUUUGACACAUAAUUGCUUAAAGGAGACCUGUUAUGCUUUUCCACAUUUUAUGACUUAUCUACAAUGUUAUAAUGUUGGAUGUUUGUGUUAAACAUGGCCAAAGCUUCAAAAAAUGAGGUUAAAGUAUUUAUAAGAAAUCCCUUUGAGGAAAAACCUCAGAUUUCCUCCUGUUCUGAACGCUCUGUUUUGAACUGCUGUUUCUACCGAAGGCUCCGUUCUACGUAUUAAGGAGCCGGUGUGAAUGGUAAUUUGCUCCCACAGCAACCGCACGGCAAUGCUCAGUAUACCAGUUCCACCCAGCAACAACAACAGCCUGGAACAUACUUCAGGUCUUGGCCAAUCAGACAGUUGGGCUUUGAGAGAUGGGGCUUUAAAGAGACCGUAGCAUCUACAGCUCGUUUCAGAAAGGGGCUGUAAUGAAGGCCUACAUGAAGUGCCAGUACAACACAACAUCCCAAAAACCCUCCCUAAUGUGAGGACCAGCCUAGCCAUUAUUUUCUGGAAAUGUUUCAAAGCCAACAUUCCACACAAAAUGCACAAUUCAGUGCAAAAAUAAUCUUCCUGGUUUGUGUGAGCCACUGAUAUUUUGAUAUAAGUUGUUGUUUAUUACUGACAAAGAAUUUUCAAAUUCACAGAAAGUCAAAUACAAAAUGUGAACAGUGAUUUGGCAACAGAAUAUUUGUUUUUAUUCUGAAUAACUGGGUACAAAUCACAAUAUAUUCCUUUUUCUCAUGUACUUCUAAUGAUAUCUGGCUAUGCAUAUAGUUCUAUUGUUUUGAGAUAUUGGUCUGAGAUUUGUGUUUCCACCCCAAUAUAGUGGAGAAAGAAGGCAUUUGGUGCAUGGUGCUCACAGCAUUGAAAAGUUAAAUGGGACAACAUCACUGGAUUAGCCACUCUUGUUAACAGUAGUAACUGUUUUCACCUGAACUUUCUACCAAAGAAAUACUUCCUGUGUGAAUAAGUGAAUUAUUCUUUGUUUUUUGGUUGAACUCUCCCUUUUAUACAGUACUGUGCCUGGUGGAAAUAUCUUUGAGCUUGACCCAAAUUGUCAUUCCUCAUUUGAGGCUAACACAUAGAUUUCCCUUUUUCUGCUCACUGGAAUAUUCUAAAUAAAGAUGCCUGAUGAUGCAAUCAGGAUUUUCUUGGAUUGGACUUGGACAAAUUGGAAAAUUUGUAACAGAAAUCCUGCAAUACACACUUGUGGAGUUUGAAACCUGGGUAUUUACCAGGCAGGGAGGGCCAAACAAAAGAUUUAGACACCUUUAAUUUUUUUUAAGUGUAAUUCAUUUGUUGCUUACUUGGUCCAUACACACGACUCAAAUUCACAUGCAAGGUAGUUGUAUGUCAAAGGUGAGAUCAGAUCAUAAACAGGUCAACACAAGGAGACAAAGAGUAGCCGUUUAACCAAUUUUAAGUAAAAUUAAACCAAAUAAAUGUUAUUUAUAUGAACUAUAAGAACGGAGUUUAAAAGGAUGUAACAGUCAUUUAAAAUGACUACUGUCAGCGUUUAGUAACCUUGAUAGCGGAAUGAAUAAAAGACUUAGGGUAACAGUUUGUUCCUCAAGGGCACAUUACAAUGCUGCCCUGUGGGCAUUACAGUGAAUUCACUGGACAGAACAUGGAGUGGUUUCUUUGCUGGGCUCCAAUUAUCUUGGAGCAGAUUUUAACAAUACCAUUUAGGCCGUUCUUGUCCUUCACAGGCAACCCAUUAAAUCAGCAAAUAAAUUAGAAAGUUAGUUUCAGACUCAUUCAUCAUCAGUUCCCAAGUUAAAGUGCAAUGCUAAAUCACCGGGGUGCCCCUUUUUAAAGGUUGGUGCUAGUGUGUCUCCCUAAAAAUACAGUGUUCUGGCAUAUGCGCGAUGCUGUCCCCUGCAAUGAAAGAAAAUAAGACAUACAAAGAAAUUAACUGCACACAACCAAAUAUCACAUGUAUUUUCAGUUUAUAUAUUUCAAAUAUCAAUACGUUUUCUCUUUAAAUGGAUGUUUAACACAACUCACUCAGAGUAAUGACCCCCAUGGGAAUUAUUACAGGUGCUCGUUUGACCCUUAUAAAGAAAUCCUGGUUUAAACACCACCCACACGCUGUAUGAAAGUGCGUGCUGAGAAAAAAUCCUAACAUGUAUUUCCUUCUUCAUGACUUCCUUGAGAGGGUAAGUGAGACUGUUCUUCAUUAAAUCUGCCCUUCUCCUCCACAUCUGUUUGGACUGGUGCCAUGUGAUAUAUGUUUGUGUCCGUUUCAGCAUCACUUAUUCUUCUCAGCAGCCCUCUCCCAGACAGCCACAUAGCAAGGCGUGAUGUUAAUAAAAUUGUCCCAGUGGUGGUAAGCAUGAUGGCGGUGCGAAAAGGAAACAAGCGGUAUCGGUGACCGUCCCCCUGUAUCCUGUCCCAGGGCAGGGGCAGCACGUCAGGCAGGCCUAACGAGGGUUCCCCAACCAGAGCUCUCAGCAGUAUUGCCACCACAAAGCCAGAACAGGCCCCAUAGCUGUUCACCCACCGAGAUAAGUAGAAGGUGCAUAUCACCUGGGGACUCAGCAUUGAAUACAUGACAUCAGCGCUGAUCAUCCAGAACAGGAAAAUGGACGAUGAUGUCAAGGCCAGGCCUGCUCCUAUUAGUCCGCACAGGAGGACUGACAUUUUAACCACCACGAUAACCAUUUUUUCUGAUGCCUGCAGUAAGAGGAAAUUAGUUUAUUUUAUUAAACCAAAAUGUGGAUCACAUUGUUGAUUUUUGAUGAGUGAUACUAUAAAAAACAGAAAACCUUCAAA